CCAACUCCUUCAUUUGCUAUUUCGUCCAAAAUUAGGGCACACUUAAUAGAAUACCACUAUCACAUCAGUCAAGAUGAGGAGAAUUUCUCUGUGUAUCCCUCACAAUGCUAUUAUGCCCUUUAUUUCUUUCUUUGAUAUUUCCCAUUCUUGUUCAACUAGAGCUUAUUCUUCUUGCCAUACUAAUAGAUCAAUUUCAGUAAAGGGUAAACUUGGGUUAAAUAGCAAGAUUGAGAAUGUCAAGUGUUUAGAUGAUGCUGUUACUCUCUUCCAUCAAUUGGUUAGAAUGAAGCCUCUUCCUUCUGUUUUCAUUUUCUGUAAAUUAUUUAGGACACUGCUAAAUAUGAAGCAUUAUUCUGCUGUCAUUCCUCUUUUUCGUGAAAUGCAGACACUGGGUAUCCCAAUUAAUAAUUUCAUCUUGAAUAUCGUGAUUAAUAGUUAUUGCCUGAUGCAUCGUGCUAAUUUUGGAUUUUCGGUGCUGGCCAUUUACUUGAAGAAUGGCAUUCCGUUUAAUGUUGUCACCUUUACGGCUCUAACAAGGGGAUAUUUUGCUGAAAAUAAGGUCAAUGAUGCAGUUGAAUUGUUCAAAAAAUUGGUGAGAGAAAAGAUUUGUGAGCCUGACAAAGUCAUGUAUGCAACUGUCAUGAAUGGGCUAAGCAAAAGGGGCCAUACUCAAAAAGCUUUAGGUUUGCUCCGGUUAAUGGAACAGGGGAAUACUAAGCCCGACAUAUAUAUCUACACCAUCGUUAUGGAUGCCCUUUGCAAAGAUAGAAAUUUAGAUGCUGCUAUCAACCUUUUCAAUGAGAUGAAGCAGAAAGGCAUUCCUCCUGACACAGUCACUUAUAAUUCUUUUAUUGAUUAUUUCUGUAAGCUUGGUCAGUGGAAAAAAGUUUUGACUUUGUUCUCUGAGAUGGUAAACCUCAAUAUUUACCCAAAUGUGCACACCUUCACCAUGGUGAUUGAUGGACUAUGCAAAGAAGGAAAAGUCGAAGAUGCCGAGGAAAUAAUGAGACACAUGAUUGAAAAAGGUAUAGAGCCUAAUAUAAUCACCUACAAUGCGAUAAUGGAUGGAUAUUGUUUGUGUGGUCAACUGGAUAGAGCGAAGAGAGUGUUUGAUUCCAUGAUAGAUAAGAACAUUCAACCUGACAUUUUUAGCUAUAACAUACUAAUAAAUGGAUACUGUAAGGAAAACAAAGUGGUUGAGGCCAUGCAAUUGUUUCAUGAAAUUUCUCAAAAGGGAUCAAAACCUAAUAUUGUUACGUACAAUACUAUCUUGCAAGGUCUGUUUGAAGUUGAAAGAAUAAGCGAUGCAGAAAAGUUCUUUGAUGAGAUGCUAUCUACAGGGCCCAUACCCAAUUUAUACACUCACUGCACUUUGCUCAAUGGUUAUUUUAAGUACGGACUUGUUGAAGAAGCUAUGUCACUCUUUAAUAAGUUGGAAAGAAAGAGAGAAAACACUCAUAUUAAAUUUUACAAUUUUGUCAUUAAUGGAUUGUGCAAAAAUCGUAAACUUGACAAAGCUCGUGCUAUUUUUGAGAAGCUUUCUCUAAUUGGAUUGCUCCCGGAUACAAGAACAUACAAUUCAAUAAUAAAUGGAUUUUGUCUAGAAGGGUCGAUAGAUGAAGCUAAUCAUAUGCUAAGAAAAAUGGAGGAGAGCGGUUAUUUGCCAAAUGACAUCACUUACAAUGUUAUUGUGCGAGGAUUUCUCAAGUGCAGAAAAAUUAGUGCAAUGGCAACAUUCAUGAAAGAAAUGGUUGGAAGGGGCUUCUCAUUUGAUGCAAAUACCACUGAGUUACUGGACAGGCUCAUCACGGUCACAGCAGAAACUUAUGUUCUGAAAACGAUGCAACUGAUAAUAGAUAACCGCAUUCACUGGUAUGACACGAAUGGUGUCCAACGGAGAUGUUGUCCGUGUUGUUGCAAGUGAGCGUAGGGGUAAGCUGAACCGUCGAAAUGCUUACAUAAAAGGAGGUUACUAGAUGAUGAUGACAAGCAUGGAGGCUAGUUGCCUUUUUCAUUUUAAAUGGCGAUUUUAACCUUGGUCAUCCUAAAGUCUUACUCUUAUUAUGUUGUGUAAAAUGUUACAUUAAUAUCAGAGGUGAUAACCAGAUAUGGAGCAAAUGUUAAAUCACAAAUCCCCUACAAAUGUUGUGUUUUUUUUCCCAUUACUAGCACGUCUCGCUGUCACAAGUUAUGACGUAGCUCGAUCACUUAGGCCGACCUUAGGCAGACAUCCCUCAGGAGUGUAAUGAAGCUCACUAACUUAUACAGUACCAUUUAUUAUUUUUCACUAUCAGGUCACCUAUAGUUAUUUUUUAAUUGACAUGAUAUGUAGUGUAAAUGCUCCUCGAAGUUAAUUGGGUAAUUGUUACGUGAUUAGAGCAAUUACCCACGAGAAUCAAUUAUUCUUGUGAACUCAUAUUUCUAAAUUGUAAUUCUACUUAAAAUUGUGGUUAA